CACAAAGAAAGAGACGCUCCUAUGUAUUGUAGAAAGAGAGAGACGUAUGUGCAUGUGAGGCUAAACAGUCCACAAGUCCUAAAGUUGCAGUGUUUCAGAGAGCAGAGGUGCAGGGAGUUAUUUCUGGAAGGAUUGGAUGAACAGAAAACCCAAUCAAAUACCUAAAUACUCUACUACUUAAAAUUAUUUGUAUCUGUAUUACAAAGAAAAAUAAUAAUAAUUUUGAUGGUGAACAUAAUUGAAGAUGGGUUUUGAGCCUUUGGUUUGGUAUUGUCAGCCAGUUGAAGGUGGGAUAUGGGCAACAGUGACAGAUAGUGCUUUUGGUGCUUAUACACCAUGUGGCAUUGACUCUGUUGUGGUUUGUAUAUCUCAUUUGGUUCUUCUGGGCCUGUGCUUCUACCGAAUUUGGCUAAUUAGAAAUGAUCUUAAAGUCCAGAGGUACCAACUCAGAUCAAAAUACUACAAUUAUGUGUUGGGUCUCUUGGCUGGUUAUUGUAUUGCUGAGCCUUUGUUUAGACUGGUUAUGGGCAUUUCAUUGUUUAAUUUGGAAGGACAGACAGGUCUUGCUCCCUUCGAGAUGGUUUCAUUGAUCAUUGUGGCUCUUGCUUGGUGCUCCAUGUUGGUUAUGCUUGGUAUAGAAACUGGAAUCUACAUCAGAGAGUUCCGGUGGUAUGUCCGGUUUGGAGCCGCAUAUGUGUUGGUGGGGGAUGCUGUGAUGCUCAAUCUUAUUCUUUCAGUGACAGAUUUCUACACAGGAUCUGUGCUGUAUAUGUACCUCCUCACACUUUUCAUUCAGGUUCUGUUUGGAGUGUUUCUUUUUGUUUACAUUCCUCAAUUGGAUCCUUAUCCGGGGUACGUCCCAAUACGGAAUGACCCUCUUAUUGAUGCCGAGUAUGAAGCACUUCUUGGAGGAGAGCAUGUUUGUCCAGAGAGGGAUGCCAACCUAUUUUCCAGGAUUUGUUUCGGGUGGAUGACCCCACUCAUGCGGCAAGGCUAUAAAAGACCUAUCACUGAGAAGGAUGUCUGGAGGCUAGACACAUGGGAUGAGACUGAGACAUUGAUUAAAAAGUUCCAUAUUUGUUGGGCUGAAGAAUCUAAAAGGUCUAAACCCUGGCUUUUGCGUGCCUUAAAUAAUAGCCUUGGAGGAAGGUUUUGGUUUGGAGGCCUUUUCAAGAUUGGCAAUGAUCUUUCUCAGUUUGUUGGGCCAGUUUUGUUGAAUCAUCUCUUACAGUCAAUGGAACAAGGUGAUCCAGCAUGGAUUGGCUACAUUUAUGCCUUCUUUAUUUUUGUUGGGGUGUCAGCUGGAGUGCUGUGUGAAGCUCAAUAUUUUCGAAAUGUUAUGCGUGUUGGUUUCAGGCUAAGAUCAACUUUGGUGGCUGCUGUAUUUCGCAAAUCCUUAAGACUAACCCAUGAAGGUCACAAGAAGUUCCCAUCUGGAAAGAUAACAAAUUUGAUGACAACCGAUGCUAAUGCACUUCAGCAAAUAUCACAACAACUUCAUGGUUUAUGGUCAGCUCCAUUUCGUAUCAGUAUUGCUAUGGUUCUUCUUUAUCAGCAAUUGGGUGCUGCAUCACUUCUUGGUUCCCUAAUGUUAGCUCUAAUGUUCCCAUUACAGACAUUUGUCAUAAGCAAAAUGAGAAAACUGUCAAAGGAAGGAUUGCAACGUACUGAUAAGAGAGUUGGGCUGAUGAAUGAAAUCUUGGCUGCCAUGGACACUGUGAAAUGUUAUGCGUGGGAGGAGAGUUUCCAAUCUAAAGUUCACAGCAUCCGGUUUGAUGAACUCUCGUGGUUCCAGAAAGCACAGCUACUGUCAGCGUGUAACAGUUUCAUACUAAACAGCAUUCCAGUGCUUGUGACAGUGACAUCGUUUGGGAUGUUCACUUUUCUUGGAGGAAAUUUGACUCCCUCGAGGGCUUUUACAUCACUUUCUCUGUUUGCAAUGCUACGUUUUCCGUUAAACAUGCUUCCAAAUUUAAUAACACAGGUUGUAAAUGCAAAUGUAUCAUUACAACGAUUGGAGGAACUAUUCUUAGCUGAAGAAAGAAUUUUGUUACCGAAUCCACCUCUUGAGCCAGAACUUCCUGCCAUCUCAAUCAAGAAUGGAUACUUUUCAUGGGAUUCUAAGGCAGAAAACCCCACAUUAGCAAACAUCAAUUUGGACAUCCCAGUUGGUAGUCUAGUUGCAGUUGUUGGUGGUACUGGAGAAGGAAAGACGUCUUUUAUAUCAGCAAUGAUUGGGGAGCUUCCGCCGGUAGCAGAUGCAAGUGUUGUCAUCAGAGGAUCUGUUGCUUAUGUUCCCCAAAUUUCAUGGAUUUUCAAUGCUACUGUACGCGAGAACAUAUUAUUUGGAUCUAACUUUGAACCAGCCAGAUACUGGAAGGCAAUAGAUGUAACUGCAUUGCAGCAUGACCUUGACUUACUUCCUGGUCGCGAUCUUACAGAGAUUGGUGAAAGAGGGGUGAAUAUUAGUGGGGGACAAAAGCAAAGAGUUUCCAUGGCUAGGGCUGUAUAUUCAAAUGCAGAUGUAUACAUAUUUGAUGACCCUUUAAGUGCUCUAGAUGCCCAUGUUGGUCGACAGGUUUUUAACAACUGUAUCAAAGGCGAGUUGCAAGGGAAAACCAGAGUGCUUGUCACAAACCAGCUACAUUUUCUUCCUCAGGUGGACAAAAUUAUACUAGUAUCUGAAGGUAUGGUCAAAGAGGAGGGAACAUUUGAGGAGCUUUCUAGAAGUGGAACAUUGUUCAAAAAGCUCAUGGAGAAUGCAGGGAAAAUGGAAGAACAUGUGGAUGAAAAGGAAUAUGGUGAUGAAAUGGAAGAUGGAAUUAAUCUUGAUUAUAAAUCCUCGAAGCCUGCUGAUAAUGGUGUGCAGAAUGCUUUUCCAAAAAGUGUGAACUCAAAAAAUAAAAGGAAAGAAGGAAAAUCUGUUCUUAUAAAGCAGGAAGAACGAGAGACAGGUGUUGUCAGUUGGAAAGUCUUAAAGAGGUAUGAAGAUGCCUUAGGAGGUUUGUGGGUUGUCAUGAUACUGUUUAUGUGCUACAUUUUAACUGAAGUUCUUCGAGUCUUGAGUAGCACGUGGUUAAGUGUUUGGACAAAACAAAGCGGUGGAAGCAGUUUUGGAAGCAGUUUUGGACCAGGUUUCUUCAUUCUGAUUUACGCACUUUUGUCAUUUAGUCAGGUGAUUGUGACACUGACAAACUCCUUUUGGUUGAUUACAUCAAGCCUUAAGGCAGCUAGAAAAUUACAUGAUACCAUGCUACAGUCUGUACUCAGAGCUCCUAUGUUAUUCUUCCAUACCAAUCCAAUUGGGCGGGUAAUCAACAGAUUUGCAAGGGAUGUGGGUGAUAUAGAUCGCAAUGUUGCCAGUUCUAUGAAUAUGUUUCUCAGCCAAGUUUGGCAGCUUCUGUCAACUUUUGUGCUGAUUGGCAUAGUGAGCACGAUCUCCCUCUGGGCCAUAAUGCCACUUCUGAUUUUGUUUUAUGCAGCCUAUCUAUAUUAUCAGAGCACAAGCCGGGAAGUAAAACGCUUAGAUUCCAUUACCAGAUCUCCAGUUUAUGCACAAUUUGGAGAAGCACUAAAUGGUUUGUCAACGAUUCGUGCCUACAAAGCAUAUGACCGGAUGGCCAACAUUAAUGGAAAAUCUAUGGAUAAGAAUAUCAGAUUCACUCUUGUCAACAUAAGUUCCAACCGCUGGCUUACCAUAAGAUUGGAAACAUUGGGAGGCAUCAUAAUAUGGUUUACCGCAAGCUUUGCUGUCAUGCAGAAUGGAAAAGCAGAAAACCAGGUGGCAUUCGCAUCUACAAUGGGUUUGCUUCUUAGUUAUUCUCUAAACAUCACAAAUCUACUGAGUAAUGUUUUAAGACAAGCAAGUAGGGCUGAAAACAGUCUAAAUGCUGUUGAGCGUGUUGGCACAUAUAUAGAUUUACCUUCUGAGGCUCCAGCCAUCAUCGAGAGCCAUCGUCCACCACCUGGAUGGCCUUCAUUAGGAUCGAUUAAAUUUGAAGAUGUUGUCUUACGUUACAGGCCUGAACUUCCUCCUGUCUUGCAUGGACUGUCCUUCACUAUCUCACCAAGUGAGAAGGUAGGCAUAGUAGGAAGGACUGGUGCCGGGAAAUCUAGCAUGGUCAAUGCUUUAUUUCGGAUUGUAGAACUGGAAAGAGGAAAAAUCUUGAUUGAUGAUUGUGAUGUUGCAAAGUUUGGGUUGACAGAUCUGCGUAAAGUUUUGAGUAUUAUUCCACAAUCACCCGUUCUUUUCUCAGGGACCAUCCGAUUUAAUCUUGAUCCUUUCAGUGAACACAAUGACGCUGACCUCUGGGAGGCUUUAGAGCGUGCUCAUCUAAAGGAUGUCAUCAGAAGGAAUGCUUUUGGUUUGGAUGCUGAGGUUUCAGAGGCUGGGGAGAAUUUCAGUGUUGGACAGAGGCAACUAUUGAGUCUUGGGAGAGCAUUGUUACGCAGAUCAAAAAUUCUUGUUCUUGAUGAAGCCACGGCAGCUGUUGAUGUUAAAACUGACUCACUUAUCCAGAGAACUAUUCGAGAAGAAUUCAGAUCACGCACAAUGCUCAUCAUUGCUCAUCGACUUAAUACCAUUAUAGAUAGUGAUCGAAUUCUGGUGCUUGAUGCUGGUCAGGUUAUGGAAUAUGAUGCCCCAGAGAAACUAUUGUUGAAUGAAGCAAGUGGUUUCUCGAAGAUGAUUCAGAGUACAGGGGCUGCAAAUGCUCAGUAUUUACACAGCUUGGUACUCGGAGGAGGAGAAGGAGAGAAUAAGUCCUCGGGAGAAGAGAUAUUUAAUGGGCAGCAGGGGAGACGGGUAGCCUCUUCCCACUGGGCUGCUGCUACGCAGUUUGCACUUGGUGUUUAUAUGGCUUCCUCACAGAAUAUCCUUCUUCAACCCUCCUUGGAAAUGAUGGAAGAUGAGAACAAUAUCGUCAAGAAAACUAAGGAUGCGGUUGUAACCCUUCAGGAAAUUUUACAAGGGAAACAUGAUGAAGUCAUCGAAAAGGCGCUAGAUCAAUACCAGUUUCCUAGUGAAAGAUGGUGGUCAGCUCUCUACAAAGUCAUUGAAGUGCAGUUUGGUCCAAAACUACGAGGGAGCUCUCUGCCUAUAUUUGAAUCAUUGGGGGUAAAAUGCUUCAAGAUCAAACCACAAUGGAUAAAGUGAAUUUUACCCAAUUUGGAAAGAUAUAUUUUUUCCCUCAUGCCAGUCUUGCUAUAAUGAGCAGAUUGGCUCACAAUGAGGUUCAACGAUUAGAAAACAAUUUUGAAGACGGAUCAUCUGGUUGGGACCAUGUUGAAAUGUAGGGAGCAAAUAUUAAUCUAAUUACAUGGGAACUCUCAAUAAUUAAAAGUAGAGAAUAUUUAUGUAGACAAUCAAUAUCCUGAUAAUAUAACUAUAUAUAUAUACAAUAUUAUGUAAGUAAUAUGGAUAUUUGUGCCUCGUGGCACAACUGCAUCCCAUGUCCAUCUGUCUACAGUCCUGAAGACGACUCUUCUUUCUUCCCCUUGUUGUUAGAGGAGCUUUGUAACAUCAUUUGAGAGAAUAGUCACUCAAACCAGCAUGUUAAGGUUGAUGAUUGGCCCUAGAUAUAGUGUAAGGGUGCUUCUAAAUGCAUCCCAUUUUUAUGGUUGGACAAGGGUAAUUUCAUUGCA